AGCGUUUUGUAAAAACCACUAAUCCAAACGCAGACUAGUCCAUAUUAACCAUUGGCGACGCCCGAGAAAAUAGCUGUGUAGAUGAGGCCGGGAUUCAGGUCAGGAGGAAGUAAAGCAACCAGCCAUGCCGCCUCAAAUACCGUUGCUGGCGCGCUUUGGCGCUCUGUCAUUAUGCGCACGACCUGCUGUAAAGCCUACAGUCGCCAGCCCAGUAUCAAAGAUAUCUGUCGCCAAUGCGUCCACGACAACGCGACGACACCGUGACCCAUAUGCUUUGGCUCAAGCACGCCAAAGGAAGGCAGCCAAUGUCAAGAGGCGGGAUGAGUUGAAUGCGGAGCGUGACGCCGCCCUCGGGGACCCAGUUCGUGGCAUCUCAACGCCCUUUGUCGAGUCCUUCAAGACCGUUACCCCGAUUCAAGGGCUGGACAAGGACACUACACGCCACCUAAACCACUUCAUCAAACCCUCCGAAGUUGAGACAGCACUGCAGCACUCAUUCAUCCUGACGCAACCCGUUAUCUCCGAAAACCGAGACAUUAUCGACCCAGAACUGGAAGCCCAGCAGAUCCGCAAACAUGCCGAAGAUCACGAGCGAGCCACCACUGCAGUCCAGCGCAUUCUGGCUCUGGAGAAUGGAAACCAGAAGGACAGGACGAGAGCCAACAUCCGACGUUGCAUUGAUACCUUUGGCCGCCACAACACCGAUGGUGUCCUGAGACCUCGUGCGGCUGGAGUUCUUGAGGCACAGUCGAAGAUAGAGAAAACACCCCGUGCUGGCCCAGAUACUGGUAGCUCCGAAGUUCAAAUAGCCAUCUUGACGGCCAAGAUCCAGGUCCUUGCAGACCACAUGUUGUUGAAGGGGCGCCAAAAGGAUAAGGUCAACAAGAGGAACCUGAGACUACUGGUGCAUAGGAGGCAGAAGUUGUUACAGUACCUCAGGAGAAAGGAGCGUGGAGGCGAUCGUUGGCAGAACCUAAUCUCGACGUUGGGUCUGACUGAGGGAACAUGGAAGAACGAGAUCAGUUUGUAAAAUAGCAGCAUAUGUCGUUGAGGCGCAAUGUACAAUAAGGAUCGAGUAGGUAGACUCGAUUGUGAAUUAUGUAAAACUACCAGUGUCCCA